GUUUGUGUUUUGAUAGACCGGCAUCGUUUAUAGUUUGCGUGUGUACAUUUUUUGACAUUGAGCUUGAGAACAAACACAACCACGCGCUGGAAAGUUACCCCAUCGAACUGAUAAAUAUUCAGUUAGAAUUUCUUUAAUUAGAGCAAAUAAUGUUUUCGGAGAAUAUCAUAUCACAAGUGUUAUUUCAAUUCCAAUUAUCAAACUGGAACAAAAUGGUAUCAAGUCGUCCACUAUUGUUCUUAUCAAUCCCCGGUUUAGCCCUUAUGCUUGGGGUUAUUUGGUACCGCCGCCGAAAAACGGUCCAUUGUGAUGAUAGUGCCAUCGACGGCGAGGAACCUAGUUUGGAAGCUAAUAUAAGCAGUGACGAUAUAAAAACGAACAAUAAUCGUUCACUUAAAAGUUCAAAAUCACUGGAGAUUAUGUCAUCAAAAGGCAAAAACGGUGAUAAUACUGAUUCUAGUAAAUAUGGAAAGUCAGCUCCAAUUGACAUUCAGUCCAAUCGCAAAAAGACGCCAGUCUACUUAACGGACAAACAAAUCGAUACGGAGAUUCUGAAGAUAAAAAUUCGCGAUUCCGAAUAUAAGACGUUGCGCUCGAUAGAGGAGAGUUGCGAAUCAAUUUCGCCAUUAAGCCUUCCCGAUUCGGUGAGUAAGAGGAAUUUCCUUUCACCCAGACCCAAGAGAAAUGAACAGAGAGUUGAACCAGUUGUGAUUAAAGCUACAUCAAGUGCAAAAAUAUCACCAAAAGAUUCAUUUUUAGAAAGUGCUUAUACAGAAGAUUGUCCCCUUCAGGCUGCCAUUAAAAAUAAUUCAAAUGAAUCUGUUAAGCCCGACACGAAAAAGGAGAAAAUUGAAGAAAAAGCAACUGAUAAGCUAGGUAAACGCGAAAAGGUAGAAGAGCCUUUAGCCCUUAAAGUCGAAUCACGCCCUCAAACGACUGCAUCACCGCCUCUUAGUGUCUGUAGCUUACAUUCGGCAGAUUCCGGAAAAGGAUCUAGUCUCCCUCAUGCCGAGGAACAGUCUAUUAUGAAUUAUGAAUUUUUGCUACCCGACAGCCUGGUAGGACAAUUGUACGGUCGCAAACGGGCUCACAUCAAUCAAUUGCGUGCAAAAACUGGCGCAAAAAUUUCAUUGAAAAAACAUCCGUUUACGGAUAAAAUAAAAAUUUGCGUAAUUGAAGGUACUCAAAAACAAAUAAGUUCAGCUUUGUCAUUGAUUCGUCAAAAAUUACCAUCAAAACGGUACCCGAAUUUAACGCUGGAACGUGUUCAUUUUGCCGAACCGCAAGCAAUAGUACCAUUGAAUGAAGUUCAUCGGUCAUGCCUGGAGCUCGCUCUCAUUGAAGGAAUCAAUAACGAUGUAAUUGUCACGUCCGUAAUCUCGGGCGGGCAUCUAUUCGUACAACAACCUUUACAUCCAUCUCAUCCAACCUUAAGUAUCUUACAAAAUUGCUUGAAUAAAACAUAUUCAAAUGGAGAGGCUCCAGGUCUUCCAGAAAUGACCGAUGAUGCUAUAUGUGUAGGUAAUUACUUAGACUCGUGGUAUAGAGUGCAAAUAGUUAGUAAGACAGUUGAAGAAGAUGAUAGCGGUUGUCUUGUUAAGUUUUUGGAUUAUGGGGGUUACGCCGUUCUAGAACGGGAUAAUUUAAAACAAAUUCGUGCAGAUUUUCUAGUGACGCCAUUCCAAGCAAUAGAAGCUGUACUUUCAAAUAUUGUGCCACCAGGCGCUGAGUGGUCAACAGAGGCAGCAACAAUUUUAUAUGAGCUAACUAAGGGAAUAGUCCUACAAGCUCAAGUAGUCGGUUAUACCAGUGAAAAUAUACCAGAGAUUUACUUAUACGCUUGCUUAGGGCCAAAUAACGUGAUAUUUAUUAAUAAAGAGUUAGUUGCUAGAAAACUGGCGAAUUGGACGGAACUGCGAAAUUGACUGCCUAAUUUAAAUGUAUAUAAUAUAGAAUCCUUUAUUAUUGAAUAAUGAAUAAUACUACAAAAUAAUUAAUUUAAUGUUUUCUUGUAUUUUUUCGAUUUGAUAUUAUAAAUAUUCGGAGAGUGUGUAAUUUCCUGAAUUUGUAAAUAAUGAGAAAGAAAAAUACAAAAACAGACAAAAUAUCGAAAAGAAAUAGCAAAGAAUAUUCGAUGUAUUUAGUUUUAUAAUUUAUUCUCUAGUGAUUUCUAUAUUGAACAUGUUAUUUUUACAGAAAAAAAAACCAACAAAGAGAAAAAAAAAUUAUUUUUUUUUGUUAAAGGCAAUGUAAAAAAGAAAAGUAAAAAAACAUACGUCUACCGUUAAGUUUCUUUUUAAGACUCGUAGAUUUUUUCCCUUGUGAAUAGAAUAAAUAGAUUUCUUAUACAAUCGAACAAAGCAAGACAAAAAUAAUGCAAGUGCUACUAAAAUUAUAUCGUAAUGGCGUGAAGUACAUAGCAUUUUUACCCGUUGAUAAAUUAGAGCGGACAUUCUCAGCUGGCCUUGAAAUUGAAGAAAAGAAACAACUAAGACGACCGCGAAUGCACAUUGGAAUUCUCAAGCCCGUUAUCGUUAUAAAAUUAGUCACAAGUUUCGCCUAUACAUGAUUAGAUUGAUUUUUUUACAUUGCUUUAGAGAGAAGCCAAUAACAAAUGAAAUAUUUUUAUACUUUAUUAUUUUAUUAUGUUUUUUUAUUACAUAUCAAGCUGGACGGACUGCUUAUAUUUCUUCUAAAGUGGAUAAUGAUUGUUUGAAGACACUGCAGUAUGGAAUAUGUUAUCUAUGAAUGAAUUGCGUUGAAAUGAAAAUAUAUUGUAUAUUUGAAAAGUAUUCAAUUGGUAAAGACUCAUUUCGGUGAACCUUUGAGUGAAGCUACACAUGCCGCACAACUGCGGAAAUAUGUCGAUAACUAAAAUUUCAAUUUAGCAAAUUAUCUCUAAUGAACAGUUGGUUUUGCUGGGGUUCACUUUAUUCCUACCGUUCGUUUAGUAAGAGAAAGAAAAUGUAAUAUGAUUGAAAACGGAAUUGAUAAGCCAUGUAUUGAUAAUAUUUCAUUGAUGUAAACAUAUAACUAAAUUAAUUUUUUGCAGUUAUGUGGUACCUAGAAGUGUCAAGAUAAUUUAGGUUUGGGAGGGUGCUUUUAGUGUGGAUAUGAAUAGCGUCAACUGAAAUCCAGAAAUUAGUACUAUGGAAAUCACAUGAAUUCGAUUUUUAAGUUCUCAAUAAAAUUUUACAAUUUGGGAAUAAUUCCAAGGUUAGAUACGUUUGCCAGAAAUUACUUCAAAACUGAUCUGUUAUGGAAUGGAAUUCUUCUCUUACGUGUGGGGGGAUCUCCUCAGUUUUCUAAUCCUUGAGCCUAGGUUAUCAAAAAAGUAAAGGCUGGUUCAGUAUCAGGUACAGUUUGAAAUACGCUUCCCAUUAUUUUACCACAUAAAGUGAUUGACGUUUGUCUUUUUCAUUAACUCCUUCCACUAUCGAUUUGUUCUUUCUAAAUUAUGAUCCAUUUUCAUUGCCAUAUUUUCUGUGCAACUCAUAGUCCUCAUAAACUGAUCGUACACUUGCCAUCGGACAUACACUACGAUUUUCUUUUUUGAUGAUUCCAUAUACCUUAUUAAUAGAGAGACAAUAAAUAAUUCGAUUUCUUUUCUAAGUAUACUUUUGCUCUUUGGAUUUUCCGUAAGCCUUUGUUCUAUAAUUUUACUAGGAGCAAGACUGCUUCUAACUGCGGCGUCUUAAUUCGUUCUCUUCAAAUUGUAGAAUUGUAGUUGUUCUGCUUUAGAUCACGAUUUUGUAUAAGUUAGUUGAAUAUUUGCUUCAUUUAAUAGAUAAUCAUAAAAUACAUAGUGUCUUAAUGAUUAAAGUCCUAUGAAAAUGUCCUAAGUAGAGAUGUAAGAUUUUUUGUGUUAUAUUUAUUUUUUUACAUUUGCAGAACUAUAUAUCGUAUUAGUUAAAUAAAAUUAUGAGUAAAAAUAAA